GAAGAAAAUGGCUGAAAUUCUUGGAUCAACAUCCAUCCAUGAUGAGGAAUCCUUGGAAACUAGAAUGGUGGUUACAUUCCUCAUGUCAGGACUUGAGUCAAUGUGUAAAGAACUUUCCAAAUCCAAGGCAGAAAUUGCCUGUAUUGGUGUAUUUGCAAGAAAUGUUUUUGUUGUUGGAACUGAGAGAGGAAAAGCCUUUGUCAACUCUAGGGAAGAUUUUAAGAUGGAUUUUAUGGAAUACUGUGUUACAGAGGAGGGCAGGCCUCCAGAACUGCAGAAAACAAAGACUGCACCACCUGUAAACAGACAGACACUGGAUGCUGAGGAGCUGGAGGCUCUUAGAAAGUCUGUGGAGGAGUUUUUCUGCUUUUCCUAUGGUAAAGCUUUAGGAAAGUCAACGGCAGUACCUGUGCCAUAUGAAGAGAUUCAGAGGAACCAGUCUGUUGUGGUAGUGCAGGGCCUGCCUGAAGGAGUCACAUUUAAACAUCCAUCAAAUUAUGAUGCUUCCACCCUGAAAUGGAUUUUGAAAAACAAAUCAGAAAUCUCAUUUAGUAUCAACAGGCUUUUCGUAGAACCAAAGAAACAGAUAGAAGCUGAUGUGACAGCUCCUUCACAUUCAGUUAUACCCCCACUUGAAAGUUGUCCUCCUGUUACUGUGAAAACAGAACCAAGCAAGGAUCCUGAGACCAACGAGGAUUGUGGGAUUUCUUCCAAAUUGUCAACAGUAACAUUGAAACAGGAAAAAGAUGAUCCUAACUACUAUCAGUUUAAUACUCCAGCAGGCCCUUCCAAAACACCAGAGAUAGAUGAAAACAUUGCUCCUGGAAAAACUUACCCAGAGACCUCCCAGCCUGAUUCAUCAGAAACAAGUGAGGAUUCUGAGGCUGAGUUUGGUAAUGAAGAUGAUGGUGAUGUUGGUGAUGAUAAUGAUGAUGAUGAUGAGUACAUGCCCCCUGAAGAGAGCUUGAGGAGUUCCAGUUCAGCUACUGAAGGUGCCAGUACUGGGAGAAGAAAUGCAAAAGAAUUCAGUUUUGAGACCUCCCACCAUGGCAUGUCAGAAAUAAGUGAGAAACCUGAGGUUGAGGUCACCAUUGAAGAAGAUGAUGAUGACUAUCCACCCCCUGACAAGAGGCAGAAGAGCACCAAGUCGGCUAAUGAAGGGGCCAGUACUAGGAAAAGAAAUGCAGAAGAGUCCGAUUCUGAUUCCUCCCAGGAUGACUCGUCAGAAGCAAGUGAGGAUUCUGAGGCUGAAAUCACUAGUCAAGAUGAUGAUGAUGAUGAGUACCUGCCCCCUAGCAGGAGAAAGAGGAGGAGGAACACCAGGUCAGCUAAGGAAACUGCCAACAGAAGGAGAAGAAAAGCACAAUAUUUCAACUCCAAUUCUUCCCAACAUGACUUGUCGGAAAAAAGUGAGGAUGCUGAGGUUGAAGUCACUUUUGAUGAUGAUGAGGAUGACUACGCACCACCUGACAAGAGACAGAGGAGUAGCAGUUUGUCUAAUGGAGAUGCCAAUGUUGAGAGAAGAAAAGAAGAAGAGUUCAAUUGUGAUUCCUCCCAGCAUGACAUGUCAGAAAUAACUGAGAAUCCUGAGGUUGAGGUCACUGUUGAAGAUUCUGACCAUUCCUACGUGUUCCCUGAGAGGCGACGGAGGAGCAGCAGGUUGGGUAAUGAAGAGUCCAGUACUCCGAGAAAAAAGACAGAAGAAUUCAAUUCUGAUUCCUCCCAGCAUGACUCAUCAGAAGGAAGUGAGGUUUCUGAGGCUGACCUCACUAGUGAAGAUAAUGAUGAUGACUACAUGCCCAGUGAGAGGAGACAGAGGAGCCCCAAGUCAGCCAGCGACUCAGGCAGUAGUGUGAGAAGAAAAGGAAUAAGGUUCAAUUUUGACAAAUGGAAUACACGAAUUACAGACUUGAGAAAGGAAGUUGAAGUGCUGUUUGAAUUAAAAUAUGCUGAAGCUAUCGAAAGAGAGGGCCCAGCAUCUGUCCCAUAUGGAGCCUUCCAGUCCCAUCCACAGGAUUUGUUUGUGGAGGGGAUGCCAGAUGGGAUUCCCUUCAGGAACCCGGCCACCUACGGCAUCCCGCGGCUGGAGAGGAUCCUGCUGGCCAGGGACCGGAUCCGCUUCGUCAUCAAAAAGCCUGAACUUCUGAAUUUAGCAGAUCCUCCAGAGGUCACUACAGCUUCAAAAGCGUCAGUCUCAAAUCCAACAAAACCAGAAUGGUAUUCCAGAGUCACCAAACUGAGAAAGAUGGUAGAUCAACUUUUCUGUAAAAUGUAUGCCAAGGCUUUGGGGAGCAAUCACCCCAGAGCUGUUCCAUACAAGAAAUUUGAAGCACAUCCAACUGACCUCUAUGUUGAAGGGCUGCCAGAGAACAUCCCCUUUAGGAGUCCCUCGUGGUAUGGAAUCCCUUGCCUUGAAAAAAUAAUUCGAGUGGGCCACAAAAUAAAAUUUGUGAUCAAAAGGCCAGAGCUGCUAAAUAACGUUCCAAACGAAAGUCCUGAGCACAGCUCAAACCCUCAAGGGAGAGAAGAUUGGAAUGUCAAGAUUACAAAGCUAAGAAACAAAGUAGAAGAUAUAUUUAGAGUGAAGUUUGCUGAAGCUCUGGGGGUUUCAGAGUUAGUGAAAAUUCCCUAUUCUUUGUUUGAGUCACACCCUGACUACUUGUUGGUGGAAGGUUUGCCAGAGGGAGUUCCCUUCCGGAGCCCCACCUGGUUUGGAAUUCCGCGCCUCGAAAGGAUCAUCCGUGCCGGUAGCAAAAUCAAAUUUACUAUUCAGAAGCCUGACCUUGUCAUUUCCCAUUUGCCUCUAAGAGUGGCUAGUAAAUUAAAGAAAACAGGAAUUAGUCCAGAUACUUCCAAAAGGUCACGAAGUUCUUCAGAAAAUUCAAGUGUUCCAGAGAUUGAAGUUACUAUUGAAGAGAGUCCUAAAAAGGACCAAACUAAAAAUGCAGAAACUGAUUCUAAUACCAGUGGCUCCAGUGCAAAUUCAAAGCAACAAGGAAAAGACUUUUCUUUUGAUCUGUGGAAUAGCAAAAUCAAUGACUUGAAGGAGAGAGUAGAAAAUAUGUUUCGUGAAAAAUGCGGGGAGGCUCUGGGUCGCAGUGGGCCGGUGAAGGUGCCGUAUGCCCUGUUUGAUUCCUACCCUGAGGAUUUCCACGUGGAAGGACUGCCUGAGGGGGUGCCCUUCCGCCAGCCCACCACCUUUGGGAUCCCCAGACUAGAGAAGAUCCUCAGAAAUAGACCCAAAAUAAAAUUUAUUAUUAAAAAGCCUGAGGUGCUUGAGGCAGCUAUCAAAGAAAGUUCUGGUAAAAGCUCACGAGGAAAAAAAAAUUCCUCCAGUAAUGCCAAUACAGCAAGGACCACAGAAAACACAGUGAACACAGCUGAACAUAUUGAAGACCUAAACAUUGUUAAAGUAACCAUAAAAGAUAAUGAAGAUGAGCGAGUGCCAAAAGCAGAAAAUGCCAGACAAUUGAGAGAGCAAGUAAAUGAUCUUUUUAGCCGGAAAUUUGGUGAAGCCACUGGUAUGAAUUUUCCUGUGAAAGUUCCAUACAGAAAAAUCACCAACAACCCUGGCUGUGUGUUGGUGGAUGGAAUGCCUCCAGGUGUGGCAUUUAAAGCACCCAGUUAUCUGGAACUCAGCUCAAUGAGGAAGAUUUUGGAUUCAGCAGAGUCUAUCAAGUUCACUGUUGUUAGGCCGUUUCCAGGACUUGUGAUUAACAAUCAGCUGCUAGAAGAAGCUGAAGCAGAAGCAGAAUCACCAGCAGCACCAGCAGCAGCCACUCCCACAGCAGUAUCACCAGAGCCAGCUGAACCAAGCCAAAUAGAAGUAUCUCUAGGAGAUAACACAGAAACAAAGGAACAGUUUCAAAUAAAACAAGAUGAAGACCUGACGUCAUAGACCUCAUCAAUACUGGCCAGAAGCUGCCCGUUCUGAGAAGAGCCUGCUCGGCCUGUCCAGAGCUGUGUAAUAUAACUGUAUAAGAGAAGUAUCUUCUAUACAAAUCCUUUUGUACUAUUGUAUAGGAAUGUCUACUUUUUCAGCAGUUCUGUGAAUUGAUCUAAUAUUGACUGUAGAUUUGGAUUGUAUCAGUUUACUUUGGAAUAUAUUUUAAGGACUAAACUUGAUGCAGCAAUGCUGGGGAGAUGGCAGGGAUGAAAAUCAACAGGGACAUAGCUCAGGCUGUAUACAUUUUCCAAUAAAGAUUAAUUUCACUGUACCUGAAUGCAUUCUAACUUUUGUAAUAAAAAAAAAUCCUGCAAAGAGUUCAGUUUGUUUACUUUGGAGAAAAAAACCCUUUACGUGAAUUUUCAGAUAUUACUUUAAUGUCUCUUUGGACAACAGUAUCUGUAUAUUUGAAUUAAUUUUUCCUUUUAUAUCUAUCAUAUGUUUUUCCUAAAUAAAAGAUAAAAUUAUCCACUUGAUGGUUAGUGUGCAUUAAUGAGAUAGACUGUGAAAUGAUCAAUAUUCCAGUGUGUGGAUUGGGAACCAACUGAAAUAAAACCCCAUAAUAGUUUGUACUGUUAAUUUAAAGUAGUAAGUCCAUGUUAUAUCAGAGUAUCACACAGUUUACAUAUGAUGGGUUUGGUCUUACAGUCCUGCCAUGGGCAGUAAUUGUGUGGACUUGUGUGAGAGCUUUUCUGCUGAAGGCUGUGGGGGAUGCUCUUCUGUUCAUCUAGAAUUAGCUAUGGAAACAUGCUACAACCUGCUGUAAGCCCUGUUAUGUCAAAAACUCAGAAUAUUCUGUGAAUAUAACAAAUUAAGUCCUGUGUGGUCCUGGUUAUGCACUACAACAUGUAAAAACUUUUUUUUUUUUUUUUUAAUUUAACAAGCCAUAGGAGAUGUACAGUUCUGGUUACGUGAUAAUCUCUAAAAAUGCAGAUUAUUUGCAAAGGUUUCUCUUUUACUGGUGUGAAUUUGAGAUGAUUGCAUUAUGCACAAAUGGUAAGUGAUGUUCCCUGAUGAAGAAAUAAAGACUUUUAUGAUGUUUUUCAA